AUGGGCGCACCGUGUACCGCUUAUGACGGGGUUGGGGGCUUAACCGUGUCUUGCGGGAAAGCCCCGAGUACGGAGGAGAAGCGAUGCACACCAGCGGUUGCAAAGAUUCAGAUGACAAGGCGCUUUCACCUUGUGCCUUCCAGGGCCAACCACAAUUUCAGCCGCUCAAAUGCAGGUCGUAUGGUGGAAAGUAUAGUGCUUGAUCAUUCUUUUCGGACUCAAUCAGAACAUGUGUGCCAAGUGUUUGAACCUCUUUACAAAGUUUUACGGAUCGUUGACACAGAGGUGUAUCCUACUAUGGGGGCAAUAUAUGAGUUAAUGCGUGUAGUGAAGGAGGAAUUGGAAAAAAAACAUGGUGCAAGGUGGGUCAUAAAGAUAAUUGAUGACCGAUGGUAUAAAACAUUAUAUCACGAUUUGCAUGCAGCAGCAUAUUAUUUGAAUCCUCGAUACCAAUACAGACCCGGUGUUGGAGAUGAUGGUACCCUUAUACGUGCUGUACACAAAGUAUAUUCUAAAUUAGACCCUGCAUCACCAGCAGUUGGCCAAUUUGGAAAUGAGCUAACAUGGUUUAAAGAUGCAAGAAGAACUUUUGGAGAACCAACAUCAGUUGCUGCUCGAACAAAAAUGUCUCCUACUGAAUGGUGGAUCAUGUAUGGGACUGAUGCACCAACUGUGAGAAAGUUAGCAAUCAAAGUAUUAUCACAAACAACUUCCUCAUCUGCUUGUGAAAGAAAUUGGAGUACAUUUGCACUCAUUCACACAAAGCAAAGAAAUAGGUUGGCUCAUAGUAGGUUGGAAAAAUUAGUUUAUUGCUACUACAACAUGAAGCUUCAAAUUCGAGAUAAGGAAGCAAAAAUAGAUCAUGUCGACUGUGGUGACCCACUAGAUGUGUUUGAUAUUGCUGCUGAAGAUGAUGAUACAGAAGGUAACCAACUUUAUCAAUGGAUAAGACCUCUUCAUUUAGAUGAUGAUGAAGGCAACCCAGCUCCAAGAGUUGCUGAAGAAGCACGAAUUCCUCCUUCUUCCAAUCCUACUCAACCACAAGAUCCCGCCGAUACUAAUGAUAGCUCUAGUACAAGAUCAGGAGACUCGCCUACCACUGGAGGUGGGAAUGAUGAAGGAUAUAGUGGAGCUGGAGGUAGUGGUGGAUAUGGAAACUAUGUUGGACCGCCUCCCAAAUUUAUGAGCCCCUUCACUGGUGAGGCAAACUUCACGCAUGCAACACAAGAUGAGGACCAUGGGAGUAGGGGGCAGGACCAGGACUUGGUGCCAUAG